AUGAGGGACAGACUGGAGGAACUGAAGAGCCAAGUCCACCGAGGAAGAGACCCUUUGGAGUUGGAUGACAUCUUCGUAUUUGACAACCUGGCUUUCCAGGAGAGUGAGGUCACCUCAAUUGAGAAGUUUUUCCAGGAAGUAGCUGAGCUGUCCCUGGCACUGACUGAGCUAGAAGGGCUGUCUGUGCUAAUAGACAAGCAGCAGCAAGGUGUGCUGUGCUGUACUACAGAGGAGAGCGUAUUCAGGAAGAAGAAUGAUUUGCGCAUCAUGAAAGCCUCUUUCACCAGCCAAGCCCGGCUCAUCCAGCCCAAGCUAAACACCAUCCAGCAGGAGCUGGGCACAGACUGUAAGUACUGGCGGGCUGAGCACCGGAUCCGCCAGAGCCAGCUUUCUGCCCUGCUUGGCCGGUUCCGUGGCAUCAUCAAUCACCACUAUGCCUGUGAGACUGAGUUUGUGGUGCAACUAAAGGAGAAGAUGAUGAGGCAGGCUGAGCUAGCAGGCCUGAAGCUGCGAGAGGAGGACCUGGAGAAACUGGUAGCUAGUCCUGUAGCUCCUCAAAUUGUAGGUCAUGAUCUAGAUAUUUUGGAGGCCAAGCAGGACCUGGCUCUGGUCCAAAUACGUCAGCAGCAGCUUCUAGACUUGGAAUGUCAGGUCAAUGAGUUGCAUACCAUCUUCCUUCAGCUGGAGAUGCUCAUCUCAGAGCAGCAGGAGCUGCUGGACAGCAUUGAAUACAACAUUUUACAUGCUCAGGAUUACAUCGAACAGUCAAAUGAGACGGUGAAGAAAGCUCUCAAAUAUAAACGCCAGUCACGUUUCUUAACAGUGAUAUCAGCUGUGGUAGGACUUUGUGCCUGUUGUACAUGCUUCUCUUGUGUGACUGGAGAGCUACAUUAA